AUGACGCUCGUCGAGAAGAUCAAGGACAUCGAGAAGGAGAUCGCGCGCACGCAGGUCAACAAGGCGACCAUGUCGCACCUCUGCACCCUGCGCGCUAAGCUGGCCAAGUACCGGACAGAGCUGAUAGCGCCUCCCAAGGCUGGCUCGAGUGAGGGGACGGGCUUCGACGUCGAGAAGGUGGGCGACGCGCGCGUCGCGCUGAUCGGCUUCCCUUCCGCGGCGGCGUACGAGUUCACCACACUCACGUGCAUCCCGGGCAUCAUCCACCACAAGGACUGCCGCAUCCAGCUGCUCGACCUACCCGGCAUCAUCGAGGGCGCGAGCGAGGGCAAGGGGCGGGGCCGGCAGGUGAUCGGCGUCGCUCGCUCGUGCGACCUCAUCUUGCUUGUCGCGGACCGGCAGCGAGAGCUGCUCGAGCACGAGCUGCGCGUGGUCGGGCUGCGGCUCAACGAGCGGCCUCCGAACGUCUACUUCAAGAAGAAGAGCUCCGGACCCGUCUCGAUCUCGUCGACGUGCGCGCUCGAGAGCAUCAGCGAGAGCGACGUGCUCUUCCGCGAGGACUGCACGGUCGACCAGUUCAUCGACCUGAUCGAGGGGAACCGCAAGUACGUGCGCUGCCUGUACGUGUACAACAAGAUCGACAUGUCGUCGAUCGAGGAUCGCCGCUCUCUUUCCCCACAGGCCAUGCCCGACACGAUGGUCCUCUCCUGCCGCAUGCGCCUCAACACCGACGUCUUUGCGGAGCGGCUGUGGGACUACCUCGGCCUGGUGCGCGUGUACACCAAGCCGCGCGGCAAGAAGCCCGACUUCGACGACCCGAUCGUCCUCACCGAAGGGAGGCACGGCACCACCGUCGAGGCGGCCUGCAAGCACGUGCACCGCUCACUGGUCGCCACCUUCGACUACGCGAUGGUGUGGGGCUCCUCGGUCAAGCACACGCCGCAGCGCGUGGGCCUGGCGCACCAGAUGCACGACGAGGACGUGAUCCAGGUCGUCAAGAAGCGCGGCAACGACCUCAAGCUCGACCCCUCCAACCAGCUCGCCGGCUGGAAGGACCCGACAAAAAGCAAGAAUGCGAUGCGAAAGGCAAAGGCCAAGCUAAAGACGUAA